AUGUAUGUGCUGUUAAUUGCUUUGUUCAUAACAGGUAUUCAAGCUCAAAAUAAAUGCUCAUGUUUAUGUUGUCUUGGUCAAUAUUGUCAGCCUUUGAUGGUAGGUACUGUUAAUGUACAAAAUUGUUCAACAGAAACAUGUUUAUCACAAUGUCGUUGUUCGUAUCCACAAUGUGCAGCAAAUUAUCCAUACGGUCAAAUACUUGCACAAUGUUCAUCGCCUGCUUAUACUUUAUUUAAUUGUGAAUGUAAAUGUUGUAAUACAGGUCUUUUUACAUGUAUACCAACAUUCGUCGGUUAUAGUACUUCAUAUUUAUGCGACAUAAGUUCAUGUAGUAUAGCAUGUAGUAUUCAGUAUCCAAUGCAAUGUGUAUCGAGUCAAAAUGGACAAACACAAGGUUUAUGUACGGGUCCUGUGACAACAACAACAACAAGUACACCAAUGCCGCCUUGGUUAGGUAAUAUAUGUUCAUGUUCACAUUGUCAACCAGGUUUUACUUGUUCACCAAAUUUAUUGGUCGGUAUAACUUCAGCAUCACAAUGUUCUUCACCGGCUUGUACUCAAGCAUGUCAAAAUCGAUAUGUAUCAACAUGUUCACCAACUUAUUUAAAUCAAAUUAGUGGUGUAUGUUUAAGUGAAACCAAUGGAAGAACAAAAUGUAAAUGUAAUUGUUGUGGUGGAUAUGGUUGUAUAGAUUAUGAACUUAAUACAAAUGAAACUUGUACAACAUGUUAUGCAAAAUGUCUACAAGUAUCACCUUGUACUAGUACGCUUCCAGUGACAUAUACAUGUACUUUAAAUAAGUCCAUAAUAUUAACGAAUUAUUCUUUUUCAAUUAUUAUUCUGACAUUAAUAAUUGCUGUGAUUCUUUUAAAUUAA